CAGGAACCCCCGGUGCAGCGAACAGAAAAAAACGGGGAAAAGGAGAUGAGUGGUGUACUCGUGGUCCUGUGCCGCUGUACAAUCUGAUCUACCAUUUCUGUCAAAUCUUCUUUCUCUCCUGAACCUGGGAAGCAGAAACACCGUCGUCGACUCGUCCAUCAAUUCCUGCAACUCGUUGCACCGUCACUCAUUACUUGGAGCAGAUCAGGACAGUGUUUACUCUUGGUAUGUUUUGCGCUCUUAGCCUCUUAGGCUCUUAGCCGUGGUCACAUAUACCCCCCAAAGCCAAAGCCAAAGCCACAGCCCGAAAUCCCCCUGGGCUAAGGUACUGUGCAACAGUACCCGAGUCUAGCAGUCAAUGUUGGUGUGGUCGCUGGCCCGUCGGCUUCCACCUCACUUCCACAUCCAAGAUCGUCAUCUCUAACCAGUCGUGCAGGUUGAAGCGACGACCACACACUCUUUCAAUCCUUUUGUUCUCAUCCUCCUCUACCGACCCUACAAACAAAUUCCUCUCAUCGCCUCUUCGUCCGUACAUACACAAUCCAUCUCCAUACUUGAAACAAUUUAAUCAGACAACGACACCCCUAAUCAGACAACGACGCGGCCAGUGAAUACGAUACAGAUUUCUUCACAGCCACCAAGAUUAGGCCCCGUACGACAACUCCAAAUCUUUGUACUUGUUUGCGCUGUCGGGUUUUCAGCGCGAUAAUCCUGUUGUCGGCAUCACAAUAACAACUCUAAUAAUUGAAUCACAUUCACAGAUCCUCCAUCUCAAAAUUUGCUUCCGCUCGAGAGGCUAUUCCGCCGCCGCCGAGGAUCCAGGACCCUGGGCUUUCGUGACCACAAUCCGACUAGCGAAAGAACGGAUUCAAUUUUUCGCGCAGCCUCACCACGACAAAUCACCACCUCACCGGAUAUAGAGGACGAGACCAUACAGACGCGCGAUCGCACGCAGCAGUACCUCAUCGAAUCAAUUAAUUGCAGGAGGGUUAUGGAAUAGUGCUGCGUUCUGUUGUUGCGAAUCUCCCAGGUGAAGUCGAGCGAUACGCUCAACGGCGAUUGAGUAUCGUAAAGCAAGGAGGACAACAGUGGAAGACAGCAAUGAGACUCUCAUCAUGGUGGAGCUCAGUGGGGGACCUGCCGCUGUUAUUACGACAUGGACUUCUACUUGCAUGUAUCACACCAUUAGGGCAUGCCAUAACUUUCAAGUCAAUACCCUCAGACAACCUCGAUCUAUCGAAAUUAGGACGCGUUGGGUUGGCUGGAGACUUUGACAGUAUUUCACUGUAUCAAUUUGAAGGGCAGAGCCAGGAUUCCCUCGGCGCUAAUCGCAGUUCAUCCAUACUGACGAGGUUUCCCAAUGGCGCCUUUGAUCAGCUGGCGGCCUCGGAUGCGACGAUAGAGGUGAUGUGCUCGUUUGUUUUAAAGAGUGGAACUUUGGCAGGAGUGGUGGUAGGGGGCGAUUUCACCAGUCUGGGGGGCAAAAAUUCACCUGGCGCUGCGAUGUACGACCCAAAUACUUCCACCAUUACACCUCUUACUGGACUUUCUGGAAAAGUUACCGCGUUACUUUGUGAUUCGUCUUCAGAUAGGGUCUACGUUGGAGGUGCUUUCAAAGGUGCAAACUCGUCAAAUGCUAUGGUAUGGGUCAAUGGUCAAGGCUGGAAUGAGCUCCCCUUUAAAGGCUUUAAUGGUCCAGUCACAUCAAUUUCCAAGGCUUCUAAUGGACAUAUUAUAUUUGGAGGAUCUUUCACUGGACUAGGAAACACAACUACACCAAAGAACCCAGAUCAACAGAUUAUCAACAUUUCUGGAGCUGAUAUCACUGCUGUCGCAUCAACUGCCACUACAGGCCUCAGCGAUCCACGAAACAUCGUUUGCAAAACCAGUGGGACAGAUGGACCAGAUAAUACAUGGCUUCUGGCAGAUAAUGCCCAAGGCUUCUGGAAAGCCAGCUUUGGGUUUGGAUUUCAACCAACUAAAUUACGCCUCUAUAACACCCAUCUGGAUGGACGAGGCACAAAGACAUGGAGAUUCACAGCUCAACCGAUCAACGGCAUCUUGAACUUCACCUAUAUUGAUCCUGCCACUGGACAAAACGCUUCUUGUUCCUCUGAAUGUCCACUGAGUGACAACAGCACUCUCAAGUUCCAAGAUUUUCAUUUUGUAAAUGUCAUUGGCAUGAACGGUUUCCAAAUUGAUAUAUCCGCUUUUUACGGCAAAGGAGGAGGUCUCAACGGUAUUGAAUUUUUCGAAGAUGAAAUCUACUCUUAUGCUAUCAACAAAUUCAAUGAACCAACUUGUGCUGGUGUUCAAAUUGCUUCAAGUGCGAGCGCUACUGGUCCUUGGGCCGUCACGCCAUCUGGAGCAAGUGCGUCUGAAUAUCUCACUGCCGCUGUUGGCACAUCUACGGAAGCGACUGUCAUAUUUAAGCCUGAUAUCAAGCAAUCUGGAAAUUACUCAGUCAACAUCUACACACCCGGAUGCAACCAGGAUGAUAGCUGUUCCUCACGCGGUCGUGUUAACGUCAGCGGUAUAAUGUCUACUGGCGAUACCAACUCAAAGUUUAACACUGAGAUUUUCCAAACAAACCUGUUCGACAAGUAUGAUCAGAUAUUUUUCGGCUAUAUUGAAGCUGGUAGCAGUUCCUUCCAAGCUUCUAUCACUCUCUCGCCUAGCGAGGAUCAAAACAACCCCAAUCUCAAAGUUGUCGCACAACGAGUCAGCUUCGCUCUGACAUCUCCAUCCACUGGAGGGCUCAACAAUAUAUUUGAAUUUGACCCAACCAAAGCUAUGAUCGAUGCUUCUGAUUUCGCCAAUUCAACCUUUGAUAAAGCAGGAAUCAGUAUUGGAGUGGGUUCAGGGGUAAACACGUUGGCAACAUCUGACACCACAACGUUUGUGGGUGGCAACUUUUCCACUGAUGCUUUUCAAAAUAUUCUCGCAAUCACAGACUCUGGUGCAACAGCCCUAGCUGGAGGUAGCUUGAAUGGAGAGGUCCUAACGGCUUUUGUGAACGGAUCGUCCUUAUAUGUUGGUGGAAAUUUUACAAACACAAAUGCCAACAAUGUGAAUGGUUUAGGUCACGUUGCUGUAUACGAUACUUUAGAGAACACAUGGGCGUCACUAGGGGCUGGUGUCAAUGGCACUGUGACGGACGUUGUACCAAUUUCACUCAAUGUCACAGAAAAUGUUACUGAGACUGUUAUAACAGUCACAGGUGACUUCAGCCAGAUAAUCGGAUUUGGAGGCAAUCCUGCUAUAGCAGUUUCUGGGUUUGCUGUCUGGAUUCCAUCUCAAAACAACUGGCUCCAAAAUGUGAAAGCAUCGACUAGUGUAACAGGAAAACUUAUGGCUGCUCUUGACCUUCCUGAUGGUGGCUCUCUGUUUGCUGGGUUUCUCUCGUCAUCCCAAUUUAACUCCAACGGAGUCGUGCAACUUUCUUCCCCGUCAGGAACAGCUUCUUUGAGUACAUUUCCUGUGGCAAUAAAGCGAAAUGCUUUGGGAUCACCAAGUUCAUUCACCAAGAGGGCAACUGCAGGUGCUAUUCAAAAUGUUACUGGUGUCGUCACUGGUCUUUUCUACGAGAAUGGAACAAGUAAUAUCACAAUUCUGGGUGGUCAUUUCACUGCAACAGGUACCAGCGGAUCAGAUAUCAACAACCUGCUGUUCAUCAAUAACUCAAACGCCGAUACGGUCACUGGUGUUGGCAGUCAGAUAAACAAUGACUCCACUAUUCUAGCUCUUGCAAUUAUGGAUGAUACUCUCUGGGCUGGUGGAUUCCUCAGUGGAAACGUCAAUGACGCAGAUGUGAAUGGUUUGUUCUCGUAUAACUUGAAGACCUCAGCCUUCGGCACCCAACCACCAGCGCUCUCAGGCACCAAUGCAGCUGUCAAAGCUAUUGCUGUUCGACCCGGUACUACUGAUAUCUACGUCGGGGGCAGUUUCUCAUCCGCUGGGUCUCUCCAAUGUCCUGGAGUAUGUGUCUUUACCACUUCUGCUACUCGGUGGGAUAGACCUGGAUCUAAUCUUGGUGGAACCGCCCACGCUAUGAUGUGGCAAUCUCCUACUUCACUGAUCAUUGCUGGGGAACUUGUUAUCAACGGCGGUAAUGCUUCAGUGGCCACCUAUGACACGAAAUCCCAGAAUUGGACUAUGGCCACUGGUGCAAACACUAUUCCAGGACCUGUCACCACCAUGACUACAGCCAAUAAUGAUGGUACUGAGCUUUGGGUUGGAGGGAUUGCAAGUAACGGCUCUACCUUCCUCAUGAAAUUUGACGGCACCAUCUGGAAUCCUGUUGGCGAUGUAUUUGGAAGUGGAACAAACAUUCAAUCUCUGGAGGUCUUGCCUCUGUCUCAAAAUCAUGGAGGAACCGACCUUCUCUCAUCUAAUCAAGCACUUAUGAUCACAGGCUCAUUGAACGUACCUGGAUUUGGCAAUGCUUCAGCAGUUAUCUUCAACGGCACAACCUUCCAACCCUUCGCACUCACCAGCAGUUAUUCCAAGAAUGGUGGCAGCAUAUCCCAAAUCUUUCAUGCAAAGAAGACUGUUUUCUCAGCAGCUCGUUAGUUUUAAAUCCUCCAAACCAGUCCUCAACUCAUACUAAUCUUAUAUAUAGGUUCCCGCAUUGCUCGCGGAUUUGUGGUUUUGAUAGCACUGGCCAUUGCACUGGGCCUAAUUUUCCUUCUUGUGGUAGCUGGUGUGGUCGCUGAACGUAUCCGAAGGAAACGAGAUGGUUAUAUGCCAGCACCAACAUCAAGUUAUGACAACCAAAACAAGAUUUUAGAAUCGAGAAUACCCCCAGAGCAAUUGUUCGGUUCCCUUGGUCAAGGUCGAAGCGGAGUCGAAAAACAGUCGACGCGGAUAUGAAGAUAAUUACUUAAUGGCGUACUGGACAUAAUGGCGUUCUGGAUAGGCUGAGCUAUGGGCCUUCGAUUUACACUUCUUGAUGAUACUUUUUUGCGGCAUACCCAUUUACACCAAAUAAGCAAAGCGCCCAACCCCUGCUCUGCUAGCGAACUAGCACGUUACGGCCUCUUGAGCACAUAGUGCUGAAUCUACGACACCUGUCAUAGAUGUACUUAUUUUCUUUUUUGUCCUGCAUCGAUGGAAUACGGAGGGGUCUAAUGUUUCAAGGCCAUGUUUCAAGGCAGCUGCCACGAACCGCCAUUCUCCGUUUUUUUCCGUCAUUUUUCUUUUUCGUUGUUCUCCCACAAAACACACCAUCUUCUCUUUGUAAGAUAGACCUUUCGCACUGGCCCCCGUCACAUGGUCGUGCUUUGCCCUUGUAGAGGUUUUGGUAGGAAAAAGACCAUUUACCUCGGUUGUAAUUGAGAUGGAAGGGAGGAGUGUUUAAUGUAUAGGGUUUGGUUGGGGAUAUCUUGACCAUAAGUCUACUUCUUCUUUUUUUUCUUUUUUUGAGGGGAAUGAGAUGAUUAAUUCAAUGAAGAUAUAAGGACAUGGUUUUUGUGCUGCAAAAUGAUUUCCCCUUCCCCUUUUUUGGGGGAAUUAUGCUUGUGAGGUGAAAUGUGGGUUUUUCUCUUGGUGGGGGUUUGUAGUAGUUGUCACUUCAGUUCUAC